UUGGGGAACUUGCACUACUGGAUGCCACCAGCCCAUCAGUUUAGGAUGAUCCAGCGGCACCAGCUGGUGCAGUCUGUGCUGCAGGAGCUGCAGGAAGCCACCGAAUGCUUUGGCCUGGAGGGCCUCACCAGUGCUGCACUGGAGGCGGAGAGGACCCUGUCAUCUUUCUCCCUGCCUGGCUAUUGUGGGAGGCAGUUCCAAGAGGAGCUGGAGGUUGACCGGGUAGCCAGGAGCCUCUAUCCUGAGGAUGCCCCGAGUAACAUGCUGCCUCUGGUUUGCAAAGGUGAGGGAAACCGCCUCUUUGAGGCCGCCAGCGUGCUGCUCUGGGGCAACCCCAGCCUCAGCCUGGAGCUGCAGGUGCGUACGGUGGUGGAGAUGCUGCUGCACAAGCAAUACUACUUGAAUGGCAUGAUCGACUCCAAGGUGAUGCUGCAGGCUGCCCGCUACUCCCUCUGCACUGAGGAGACCCCGGAGAUGACCAGCCUCCCCAUGGCUAUCCUGGAGGCCAUCUUUGAUGCUGAUAUCAAAGCUACCUGUUUUCCUGGCACCUUUGCCAACAUGUGGCACGUCUAUGCUCUUGCCACAGUACUGCAGUGUAACAUCUACUCCAUCUACCCCAUGAGCAACUUGAAGAUCCGGCCCUACUUCAACCGGCUCAUCCGGCCCAGGAAGUGCGGCCCGCGAACCUCCACGCUCCAUAUCAUGUGGUCAGGGCAGCAGCUCUCCCGGCAGGUCUUCAAAGCACAGUACUUUGUGGCCGUGGUUGGCCUGGAGGAGCUAGAACCCACAGUACCUUCACCAGAGCCUCCUGUCCAGCCCAUGAAGACUCUUGAGCUGCUGAACAGUGACCCACAGCUGACCUACUCCAACCUGCGUGACCGGUACAGCAUUACCAAGAGCACCUUCUACCGCUGGAAGCGGCAGUCUCGUGAACACCGGCAGAAAGCAGCUGCCAGGUUUGCAGCUAAACACUUCCUCCAGUCCUGCUUUCAGGAGGGCAAUAUAAUCCCCCUCCAGCACUUCCGACAAAUGUUUCCAGAAAUCUCCCGAUCCACAUACUAUGCCUGGAAGCAUGAGAUGCAGAGCAUGGUCAGUGGUGAUGCCUCUGCUCUGGCUGAGGCCCGUGGGUUGCAGGAGCUUCACAGGGAUGUCCCAAAAAAGGCUGAUGGGGAUGAGCCAGCAAAUUCAGGGGGGAACUUAAGAUCGCCGAGUCCUUCACUCGAUCCCAUCCAAGCAGGAAUCUUUAUGCAAGGAGCCAAAUCCUACUUGGAGAAAUGCAUUUCCAUGAACACUCUGGUGCCUUACAGGUGCUUCAAGCGCAGCUUCCCUGGCAUCUCCAGGUCCACAUACUACAACUGGCGAAGAAAAGCAAUCAAGGAGAACCCCAACUUCAAACCCCCCCAGUCUCCCUUGGAUAACCAGAAACCUCUAGCAACAGGAAAGCCAUUCCUGCAGUUGAAGCCAAGCAGCGUGCCUGUUAGGAAGAGGCUGAAUGGAGACCGGCCAGCACCCAUGAGUCUCCUGCAGCUUAAGCCUUCUCUGUGCUGGAGAAAGCAGCUGCGAGAUGUGGCCAAGAGGCAGGUCCAGCAAUGGCGACUGCCAUUCUGCAAGUACCGCCUGCGCUACCCAUCUCUCUCCUCCACAGCCUACUGGUUUUGGAAGGGCAGUGGCCGGGCCCUUGGGCAGCAUCGCCUGCCCCGGACCAGCUCUAGCCGGCCGUUGAACCGGGUGGCUUCCCUGGCACCUCCGAGAGUGGACCCAGGCCUCAAGCCCCAGUGCCACAUGGAGGUAGCCACCAAGCAGCUAAACAAGCUGGUGCCAGCUACACCGUACAACGCCACCAUUUCGGGCUAUGCCAUGUCAGAGAGAGCCAACAGCCGGAUGUUUGUGAUGGAUGUGAUAGCCACUGCCCAGUUCAAGGCGCAGGCCAAGCUGUUCCUGCAGCAGCGCUUUGAGUCGAAGACCUUCCCCACCUACAAGGAGUUCAGUGCACGCUUCCCGCUCACGGCACGUUCCACUUACUACAUGUGGAAGCGUGCCCUGCACGAUGGGCUGACGCUCGUGGAUGCCUGA